AUGUCAGGUUUCAAGAAGUUUACAGAUUUUUUAUUUUCUAAACAAUCGUUGAGAUACGUUUGUACUACCCAUUUUUGGGGGCCAGUCUCCAAUUUCGGUAUCCCUGUCGCUGCCAUGUUGGACUUGAAAAAAGAUGCAGAUUUAAUUAGUGGACCAAUGACAGGCUCAUUAAUCGUAUAUUCGUUAGUCUUUAUGAGGUAUUCCAUGGCUGUUACUCCGCAAAACUACUUAUUGUUUGGUUGUCAUUUCGUAAACGAAGUAGCUCAAUUAGCUCAAGGAUUUAGAUGGGCCAAGAAUCAAUAUGAAGAAACCCCAAAAAUUGCCAGUUCUGAAAGCAAAUAA